AUGUCGUUCCAAUCGCCUGUCUCCAAAUGUUCCACUGUUCUUCCCUCCCUCGGAAGGCUGGAAGGCUUCCAAUAUGCCAAUGGUGUGCAACAGUACUGUGGCAUACCUUACGCGUCUCUUGAGAAACGGUGGACUCGAUCGCAUUUAACGACACAGUGGCCCAACAACUACCACGAUGGAACAAAGCUCGGAGCCGACUGUCCCCGACCGAGGAUUGAAGGAGAUGACUCGGAUGAUCUCGUACCAGUUCCUCCAACAGCCCAUUUUGGAGAACCUCGAACGGACGAGUUGUCGGGACUCGUGAUGAACAUCGUCUUGCCUUGCGCCCCCGGGUCAAAGAAGUUUCCCGUCAUGGUGUACGUUCAUGGAGGUUCACUACUGUACGGUGGUGCUAACCUGCCCAUCUUUGAUGGCGUCAAUCUCGUUUCUCAUAGCAUGGAAAUCGGGAUGCCUAUCGUCUGCGUCAACUUCAACUAUCGGGUCGGAUUAGGUGGCUUUCUUGCCAGUGCAGCAAUCCAGGAAGAGCUCCAACGGGAUGGCCAUCAAGGCUGUGGGAACUUUGGAUUUACCGAUCAACAAGUGGCAUUUGAGUGGGUUCAACAUUAUAUCGGCGAUCUCGGUGGCAACCCUGACCGGGUGACUGCCGUCGGAGAGUCAGCAGGUGGCAUCUCCAUUAGCAACCAAAUGGUAGCAGCGCAUCCUCCUCCAUUCCACCGUGCGGUCUGCAUGUCUGGACUCUCAGUCUCGAUUCCAGCGUGGACAAUGGAGCAACACGAGGAGUUGUUCCGGGCCGUCUGCCGUCAUUUCAACAUAGAUCCAUCACAACCAGACGUUUUGGACUGUCUACGGCGUAUACCCCAGCAGGAACUAGCCAAUGAAACUCCCAUCAUACAAGGUGUUCUGUCGGGCACAGGGAACCCAUGCCUCGAUGGUUGGUUCUAUGGCCGGGACCCGCGCGAGAUACAUGAGCCACCGCAGUGGGUUGAAGCUUUGAUGUUAGGAGACACCUACCAUGAAGGGGUUAUCUUCCACUUGAACCUACUGAACGACAGUUUCACGAGUAUUCGAGAGACACUAAAUCAACAUAUGCCCCUGGAUGAGACAGAUACGGUCUUGGCAGAGUAUGAGAUACAGCCUGACUUACCACAGGAUGUCCUUCUCAGCCGGGUAGAACACAUGUGCGGUGAUGUAGUCUUCAAAAUCCCCAACUACGCGACGGCGCUUGCUAGCCUCCGUUUGGCCGAGGAGAAGGCUAUGUUCGAAUAUCACUUUGACCAGCGUUCUCGGCUGAAAAACGCACUCGAGGGAACCGCGUACCAUGCUCAUGAACUUCUUUAUCUGUUUGGGAACCUGGACAAUGAGCUCUCGACGGAAGAGCGCGCAAUGGCGCGUGACUUUGCUGGAGCUUGGAUCAAAUUCACUUACGGUUAUUCACCGUGGGAAGGUUCGGAGCGACAUUGGAAAGUAUGGGGUCCUGAGUCAGUCCACGCAGUAAAGAAUGAAGAGGAGGACGAGGAAGUUCGGUCAUACUCGCGUAUGAAAAGGCUACUGGCGAUGGAUUAUGGAGAGACGUGGAAACGGUGGCUGAAUGGAGUAGACGCCUUGGUGAACAAGCGUAUGAACAUGGGCAAGAAUUAUCAAUCAUAA